AUGAGUCCAAGAAAUGUUGUUUUCAAGAAGAUCUGCAAAGACAAGUCGGUCGGAGUGUACAUGGGGAAAAGAGACUUUGUGGACCGUGUGGACUCAGUGGAUCCUGUGGAUGGCGUCAUCCUCACUGAUCCCGAGGCUCUGCAGGGGAGGAAAGUGUUCGUCACCCUGUCCUGCACCUUUCGGUACGGCAGAGAUGACAUGGAUGUGAUGGGAAUCGCCUUCCGCAGGGAGCUGUACCUGGCCACGCGCCAGGUGUACCCGCCCCUGCAGGACCGCGAGAAGGGAAUCCACACCAAGUCACAGGCCCGCCUGCUGCGCAAGCUGGGAGACAACGCCUACCCGUUCUUCUUCGAGCUUCCUGACAACCUGCCUUGCUCGGUGGCUAUGCAGCCGACGGCACAUGACGCCGGCAAGCAAUGUGCCGUGGAGUUCGAGAUCAAGGCGUUCAGCGCGGAGAGCCAGGACACUAAGGUCCGCAAACGGAGCUCAGUGACGCUGAUGCUCAGGAAGGUGCAGUUUGCCCCAGAGAGCGAAGCAGUGGCGCCCUCUGUUGAGACCACCAGGGAUUUUGUCAUGUCGGACAAGCCGCUGCAUGUCAAGGCCAGUCUGGACAAAGAGAUGUACUACCAUGGUGAAUGCAUCAAGGUGCACGUCGGCGUCACUAACAACUCCAGCAAAAACAUCAAGAACAUCAUCGUCUCUGUGGAUCAGGUCUCCAAUGUGGUCCUGUACUCCAAUGACAGCUACGUCAAAUCUGUGGCCAUCGAGGAGUUUGGGGACUCGGUGUCUCCUGGGGCGACCCUGCAGAAAACCUACACGCUGCUGCCCCUGCUGGCCAACAACCGGGAGCGGAGGGGCAUCGCUCUGGAUGGGAAACUGAAGCACGAGGACACCAACCUGGCAUCGUCCAGCAUUGUCAAGGAGGGCGUGCUGAAGGAGGUUCUGGGAAUCAUGGUUUCAUACAGAGUGAUGGUGAAGCUCAUCGUUGGAGGGAUGAUGGGAUCAAGUGAGGUGGGUCUGGAGGUUCCCUUUAAACUGAUGCAUCCUAAACCUGAUGCAGUGAAGGAGAGUGAGAUGGAGGAGGAGAUGGUGUUCCAGGAGUUCAAGCGUUCCUACCUGAAGGGGAUGAUCGACAAUGAGGAUGAAGAUGGAAACGUGUCCGGUGGCGACGACAUGGCGCCCAAAGAGAAAUAG